CUCUGACGGUCGUGGCUUUCAAGCUCCUGCAGGACAGGACCCACACAGGACUCAUGGCCCCCAUCACUCAGCACACAUCAGACGCCUCUCUCUCCAGCAUGAGGCACCUCAUCUCUGCGGCCCGCGCCGCCCUGGUCCUCAGCCUGGUCUUCGCCUCCUUCCACUCGGCUCGCUGGGCAGAAGCAAGCAGCGACAGCAACUCAACCUUGACCACCCAUCACCCAAACCCUGAGACCCUGGAGCAGUGCCUCAGCUCGCCAUCUUUGGUCCAGGUGGUUUUAAUGACCCAGCCCCAGGACAGCAGCCAAAGAUGCAGAGUUCAAAAGCUUGUGGAAGUUGGGCAGCAGGAAGACCAUAAAAACCAGCGAGUCCCAUGUCUGCCCAAGGCAGGAGUUUCAUUUUGUACCCUUUGCAUAUUUCUGUUCAUCCUCUACUUGAAUACUUCCAGCCACAAGGAGGCAGCCCGGUGUUGCCACAUUGGAGUGGAUGAAUACGGCUGGAUCAUGGCCGCUGUUGGCUGGAGUCUUUGGUUUCUCACCCUCAUCCUGCUCUGUGUGGACAAACUGAUGAAGGUAACUCCAGACGAGCCCAAGGACUUGCAAGCAUGAGACGGACAUUCAUAGCCCCAAGCAGAUCAAUCGCCACCCAGCUAUGGAUAAUAGCAGGAGCGGAUUGGUUCCUGUUAAAGUCAUUUUCACCUUUAAACUUCAGUUACUUUUAAAAAAGAAGGAAGGAGGAUAUGGGGAUCCAAAUCAGGCAAUGCCUGAUUUCAAAAGGCACUUGGGCCUUCUGAGCCCUGAUAAUAUAAUAUCCUUUCUCCAGAGAGUCUCUAGGGGAAUUGCUUCUACUUUAACCAUCACUUUCUUCUGCACUCCAAGGGUGGUGCACGAGAAACACGAGACUAAGUCUUUUAGUCAACACAUUUGAAAUUAAACUCCGAACCUUCAUACCAAAAACAGGCCACUGUUAUCUGUCCCUCAGUUCAGUCCAGGGCAUCACUGUCAUUUCAAAAUAUCAGGAUCGCCUUUGACACGCCCAAAGCCCUCACCCCCAUGUCUAGCGCUUCUCCAGCUUUUGUUUUCUCAGCAAUACCUUCCCUGGCUAGCCUGUCCCCUUCUCCCGGCCAGCCCCCUGGUUCUUGCCUUCACUACGUCAUCUCUGCAUGAUUUCAGGAGCAUUUCCUUUCGUUCUCGCUGCCUUCCGGGUCUUCCUCCCCAGCUCGCCCCACCCCACAGGCAGCUGCUGGAGUAGUGUUGUCACUCCCCUGCUCACCACCUUCCGUGACUCCUAAUGUCAGAAACUCACAGCCUGGCAUUCAGCUCUUCUCAUGAGUCCAACCAUCUUACGCCCAGCGCAGGGGGUGAAGGGCUCUGACUGGCCCACGGGGUGGCUUCCACUUCUCUGCUGCCUCCCAACUCCGCCUCCAGAAUGAAGGCCAUUGCUCAGAAGUCCAGCUCAAAUGCUUGCUCUGUGGGGGGCCUGCCUGAUCAUCCAUCUUGGGGGACCUGAAGCUGUUGCUCUUAGCUGCAGUGCCCUGAGAUGCAGCCAUCAUGGACGGACCGCCUCAUAAUCAGUUUAUACUUCUGGGGCACAGUAAGCUCUUCAGUGUUUGUCCAAAGACAGAACGAAUGAAUAAGCCCCUGACCCAGAUGAACUUAAAACCGUCACUGAGCAUUUGGAAUCUCCAUUUUUCUAUAAAUGGUUGAAAUAACCAACUUCCAAAGAAGCCAGUUGGUUUGAUUCCUGGUCUCUCAAUGAGCCAGUUUGCAUAAGGAUGUCGCCAGUUGUUGUGAACUCUGCCAGCGGGGUCGCGAGGAGGAAGGAGGGUGGGCUCAUCAGAAGGAAUAAAGGACAAAAUUACUUUCUUUAUGAAAUAAUUUCUGCCCUUUGUUAGGAAAGACGUAUUUAGGUUGGAUAAACUCUAAAUAAUCAAACUCCAAAAAAAGGAAAGUGAAGGAAGCCUCUGAAAUAGGAAGAAAUGUUUUCUUGAGGUGGCCAAUGAUUCAAAGCUGCCCAACGCUCAGAAAAUCUAAACUUCCUGGACUAUGGGAGGAACUCAAAGGAUCGCCUCGCUCAUUUGGAAGACCCAGCGAGUUUCAGAAUGUCAGUUGUUGCAUCAGUAAAAUGGGAUGGAUUUAUUGUGCCUAUGUGUUAAGUAAUCACGUGAGCAAAAGUGUCUGCAAGAUGCCUGGUGCAUGUUGUGGAAAUAUACAUGAGUCUGUGUUCCACGGUUUUAGAGAUUCAAGGAAAGUGUUUCUACAAUAUGUGAUGGUUUAAAUCCUUAGGGAUCAAAAGUCUCAGUAAGGAGCACACUUUGAUGUCACACCUGCAAGCAUUUUGUAAUAAAACAGUGUGAUGUAGUGGGAAAAGCAUUAGCUCCAAAACGAAAAAUAAGAAGGGAAAUUAAGAUUUAUUUCUGGCCAACGUGAUCAGAAACAGGUCACUACCUUGCUGAGCAUCAACUUUCUAAGUGGGAAAUGUAAGACAUGGACCAAAUUAGUGGUUGCAAACUCCUAGAGCUAUUUGAGGUGUGGCACAGAGGGAGGAGGCUGAGACCCCUGUCUCUUUUAUAUAUCAGAUGUCCGUGGUAAGAUUUCAUUUGUUGCUUUAAAAAGCAGAGAGUCAGAGCAUCAGUCGAUAUCUGAGAUCCCCCCUCAACCUGGGGCGAUGUAUAAAUUCUCAGACAACAUCAAAGUGAAUUAUGUGUAGCUGCUGCCACUGCCACAUUAAAAUUUAGGUAUUUCGUGGGUUGCUUUUCUUUCAUCUGCCCAGGAGGAAGGUAGACCAACUCCAAACACUCUUUCUUUGAGACGGGAAAGAAAGAUGGUUACAUAAUUUGAUGAAGAUGCUUCCCAGAUGCUUUAUCUCAGUUUUGGUCUUAGCAUGGAAUCUAUUCUAGCAAAGUAAGGAUGUGUCAGUAAAGGAAAAAGGCAAACCCGAGGGGGAAAAAUCGAGUAGUAACUUCCAGGGGUCUAAGAGCUUCCUGGUACAAAGUAGUAGGAUCUGCCUAACUGUAGAUGGACUUCUCAUUUGAAAAACUUGCCUGUAGUCAUCAAUGCUGUCCUUAGCACAAUUACAGACUGUGUGACACAGAGCCCACACUCUUCUGGACGUUUCUAUAUCAAAAUGUCUUAUCCAGAAAUAGAAUAAACAUUAAGGUGUGGCACAAUUUAGUUGACUGUAAAAAAAAAUCAUUUUUAAAGCCAUCCCUUUUUAUAUGCAUGCUACCCAAAGACAAAUAAACCACAUAUAGAAUUUUCUAUUACAAAGGAAAUGCUGUGCCAUGCAUGAUUGCUCAAAAACAAGUCUUAGGCUAGCUUGGGCCUGUUUUCCACAAAAAUGUAUGUAAGCAUGUUUUUAGACUUAGAGAAAUAACCACGUAGAAAUGUGUUUGAUGAAGGCUAGCUCUUUCUGAACCCUGGCAUCUGUCUUGAAGUCACAUAUACACAUAUGCACUGUAUGUGUGAUUCCAUGGGCCUCCCUGGCAAAUAGUAGGAGUCCCACCUGAGUCUACAACCGGCCUUCUCGGGCUCCAUCCCAUCCUCCACACGUCCAGCCUGAUCGUUCUAUCACAUAAAUAAGCGAUCAAGUCAGUGUCUUGCCUUAAAUCCUCUGGUGACCCCCCCCCCCACAGCUGACAGAAUAAAACCCAUGCUCUUAGGAUGACCCAUAAGACCUUCUGUAAUUGGACUCCCAAACAUGUCUCUCGCUUUUGCAUAUUCUCCCAGCACACCCAGUGUUGAAUUAUUUCAAUUCCCUGAACAUGCCAGGCCCUCUCUGGCCACCAUGCCUCGUUCUUGCUGUUCACACACCUGGACCACACCUCCCCAUGAGGCAGCUUUGCCGUGAAGCAAGAGAAGCUUAAACGCUGGGUCUCCUUACGUGCAUGUCCUCCUACCCCACCCCAAGGUCCUCUACCUAAUUUUGUAAUUCUUUUUUUUUUUUUUUAAGAAAGGCCCUCUAAUUGUAUACAUUUUAGGCCUCUAAACCUGGACCUGUCUUGCUCUUCCCCACCCCUUUCCCUUUCCUGAUUGGACUAAUUUAGUUUAUGGGGAUUGGUUUUCCAAGUCAAGCUGUCCCCUUCUCCCUGGAUGGACACACACAAAUACACAAACACACAUGUGCACACGUGCUCCACCUCAGUGGCCUGUGCUCAUCUCCAGGACAGCACUGUGACAAAGAUUCUGCCCUGGACCAAACUCUAGCCAGGGUCCUCUGAGUCCACGUCUCUACCAGGCCUCAACCUUGGCCUAUAAAUACUUAAACACCUUCGGGAAUAUAGUCAACAAUAUUGAAAUAACUACGUACGGUGUCAAAUGGGUACUAGACUUAUUGGGGGGAUUAC